GUGCGACCCGGCAACACGACGUGCAACCUGUGCUUCAAGACGUUCGCCUGCAACUCCGCGCUGGAGAUCCACUACCGCAGCCACACCAAGGAGCGGCCGUUUAAGUGCACGGUGUGCGAACGCGGCUUCUCAACGAAGGGUAACAUGAAACAACACAUGCUGACCCACAAGAUUCGAGACAUGCCCUCGCACUUGUUCGAAACAAAGCCGCCUCUGCCUCCAACUUCUACUGCAAAUGAGGACUCAAGCAGUCACCCUGAUGGAGACAGAUCGGGUCAAGAAUCACCUAACAAGUCAGACCUAGGGGUGAAGCGGUCCCCACCGGAAGGAGAAUCCAUGCUGCCCAUCGCCAAGAGGCCUCCAGGCGUGCCAAAGCACUUGUGCCAUGUUUGCAAUAAGAACUUCUCCUCCUCGUCAGCCCUGCAGAUACACAUGCGCACGCAUACCGGGGACAAACCGUUCCGAUGCACGAUCUGUCAAAAAGCGUUCACCACUAAAGGCAACCUCAAGGUCCACAUGGGCACUCAUAUGUGGAGCAACGGGGCGUCGCGCCGCGGCCGGCGGAUGUCGCUGGACUUGCCGCCGAUCCCCAUGACACCCAAGGACUCGGAAUUCCUCCAGCGGAGGCCAGACCUAUUCUACCCGUAUCUCCCGGCGCCGUUCCUUAAUGGCAUGCAGCAAAAGGUAAGAUAUCAGAUGGCGAAG